UUUGCAUCUACGGUGAAGCAUACAAAAGUAGACCUUCUUCUUCAGAUAAGUGGAACGGUCUUUAACGAAGCCGUUACUUGUUACUUUGGAAGACCGUCUUUUUUACCGAGUACUGUUACUCGACUAUAAUCAACCGGCGAGAAAAACAACAGUAGUUUAUUAUUGCAAUGAAGACGUGAUUCUCAUAAUAUUAUUAGAAGUGAAGUCAACGUUGUUUGUAUAAAUUUGAAGUGUUUUCAGAAACGAUGAUCAAUAUAAAAGUUAUGAUGAAUAAUUUUAAACUUUAGGGUAUAACAUAUUUAUUCAAAAGACAGCUGGCAGAGAUCUUUAGCUCGAAAAUGUUAAAUAAACAAUGCAAUUCUUCAUGAUAUGGUGUCUUUUAUUUUUGAAACAUCCAGUCUUGGCCGAAUGGAAUUUUUGGAAAUUAAUGCAUCGCAAAUCAUUUUGGGAAGACAAAUUUUCAACUGGUGAAACGGAUGAUAAAGAUUAUUGGAAUGGAGUUAAUGGUCGAGUUUUGGUUAGUCUAUUUGGAUAUCCAUCCAAUUGCAAACUAGAAGGAAUCUCCCAUGCUUGCACUUUAUCAGUAGUUUGCUGGUGGGUAGGCGGUACCAGUCAGUCAGGUUGCGGUGCCAGUCCUUGGCUAGUCUCUUGCUGCGUGCCUAAAAAUCUAAACUAUUUUGAAAAACACUCUAGGGAGGAGGAACAAAAUUUAUUAGAAAUUGAUGAAAAUGUAAUUUUCCAUCAGUCAAUACAACGAAGAAAUAAUAUACUGAAUGAUAUCGACGCCGAUUGUGGUAUUUCAAAUGAUAGAGUGUUGCGGAAGCGCAUUGUUGGCGGCCAGCAAGCUGAUUUUGGUCAGUUUCCUUGGCAGGCAUUCAUCAAAAUCUCGACGUAUCAAUGUGGAGGAGUACUAGUUUCCAGAAAAUUUGUUGCUACCGCAGCUCACUGUAUUCUACCCGCGAAAUUAUCGGAACUUUUGGUAUAUCUUGGUGAAUUAGAUACCCAGGAUACGGGAGACGUUGAAGAAUUAGCGCCGGCAGAACUUCAUAGAGUAAAAAGAAGAAUAAUUCAUCCACAAUUCCGUUACAAAGCUACCCAACCAGAUAGGUAUGAUCUGGCUUUGCUAGAACUAAUAACCGAAGCUGGUUAUAAUUUUCACAUUUCUCCGAUAUGUCUUCCAGAAAUAGCGAUGGAACUGACAGGUCUUAAGGGUGUGGUUGCCGGUUGGGGCAAAACUGAUCCUUUAAGCAAGAAAACUGGCACAAAUAUUUUGAGAAGUGUUGCAGUUCCUAUUCUAGACAUAAAAGAAUGCAUGACUUGGCACAAAAUCAAAGAAAUAUCAGUAGAGCUGCAUCCAGAAAUGAUUUGUGCAGGAGACGAACAUGGAAAACAGGAUGCAUGCGUUGGUGAUUCUGGCGGACCUUUGAUACUUUUAGAAAAUGGCAAAUGGACUUUAGUUGGUAUAACUAGUGCUGGAUUUGGUUGUGGAGAACCGCAUCAACCUGGUAUUUACCAUAAAGUCCCAAUGAGUGUUGACUGGAUUAAAAGUGUGAUUUACCAUUGAAUGUGAUUAUUAAAUAAUUUUUUAUAAAUGUAAAUGAUAUAUUGCUUAAUACGCUUGUUAUUCAAUUAUUUAUGUAAUUAUUGAAAUACACA